CACGCACGCCGGGCGUACGCUUUGUCACGCGUGCGGUUUUCUACGCUCUCUGUCUGCGUGUGCUCGUCUCUCGUCUCUCACCUAAGUUUAUUGUUAGAGGGGCCGGCUAGCCGCGGACAGGGCAUCAGGAUUUAGUGCUUCUUACACGCCCAUGCCGGUACCACGCGUCUCCGGGAGCUUCUUUCGAUCGUUUCUCGAUCGAUCCUCGCGAUUCGACGCGUUCUAAAUCGAGUAACUCGAAGUUGAGACUGAUUAACGGUGACGGUGAUCGAUGAGUGCGAUUGAAUUUGUGAUUUUUUAUUUUUUAUUUUUAUGUGAACCUUUGAUCGACGAAUCGAUAAUUUUUUGGUGUUUUAAUCGAGUGUAAUUGAUAAUUGAAGUUUCUUUCCUCGUGGUUUCAUAAUUGAAAAAAAGCCGUCGCUGGUAUCGACCCUCGAUUUCGUCGGGACGCACCUUGGCUUAAACCUGGCACUUUAUUAAAAGAUAAAAAUGCAGUCAGAAACUAUUACCCCGGAAGCGGUGACGCGUCGUUUUAAAGGAACCUCCGCAAAGGAAGUUGCUGAAUUGUAUGGCUUAUAUUCAACAGCUUUUGCUCGAACGCUGGUCCUUAGGUAAAUGAGCUCUUAUCGCUCGUUCCUCCUUCGCACGAAGCCAUAGUAAAAACUUCAGACACCAGCAAACGGCCAGUAGAUAGAUGCAAGUUCUUAUCAGACCUCUUGGUGUAUCUCUUAUCGUCGGCCAUUUCACUGUCGCGAAUAAACCUUGUGAACUUGUGCCGCGAAGAAAGGAUUGGUCGAGUGUGUCGAGGGUAGGAUAAAGUGCUAAGAGUGCGUUUGGGUAAGCGCUGUCCAUGGCGAAGGAGCGUGGAACUCGCGAGAGGACUUAUAAGGGGUACUUAUUUCGCGAGUGGACUUUCAACGAGCGCUAAUUUCGCGGGUGGACUUCCGACGCGUGUAAAACUUGCUAAAAGAGUUACUAAAUUCGCGAGUGGACUUUGAACGCGUGUAAAAUUUCCUAAAAGAGUUCCAAAGCGUACUAAAUUCGCGAGUGGACUUCGAACGCGUGUAAAAUUUUCUAGAAGAGUUCCAAAGCGUUCUAAAUUCGCGGGUGGGAUUUCAACGCGUGUGUAACUCACACGGAGUGGAAUGUUAGUGUCCAAGUGUUGCAGUGUUACUAAAUCCUUACGAAAUUCCGCGUUGCACGCGAACAGACCGCGAAACGGAAGAAAGGAAGGAAGGAAGCCGCUCGAGGAGGCAUUAUUAAAGCAACGGGCCUUUAAACCGGCGGCUAGGUUCGCGUUUACGUGGGCAGAGCGAAAAGUAUGCGGCACCAAGCACGAUGAAGGGGCCAAGAAUCGGUGGUUCAGCGAGCGGGAAAAAGCUGGACUUCUGCCAAGAACCGCGUCACGGUUGGACAGUGUUGCUGGUGUAUUUGGGCAUCUGUGCCUUGCUGCCUGUCACGAUCUUUGCUGCUCCUGUGGAACUUCGCGAAAUACCGAAGGGGAACAACGAGCGUCGACCAAACGAUGCCAAUAAUGAUUCAACCGAAGGAGAUUUACCGGUUUUUGAGCCGACAGCGGCGAACGUCAGCGCAUUCGUCGGGCAGACCGUGUACCUGCCAUGCCGUGUACGAAAUUUGGGAGACAAAGUGGUGUCCUGGAUGAGAAGCAAGGACCUCCACAUUCUCACGUCAGGAACUACUCUGUUCAGCUCGGAUGCGAGGUUCGGGCCUCAGCACACACCAGGAAGCGAUGCUUGGACACUCAGGCUGGACAACGCCCGGAAGACAGACUCCGGCAAGUAUGAAUGUCAGGUGAACGCCGAGCCGAAAAUGAUGUAUGUUGUUCAGCUGUCCGUGCGAGUUCUUCUCUUUUUAGAUCCUGAUAAGCCAGAAGGUUACGACGAACCUCAUUCCCAACAGACACGAAUAAGUUACGAAAGCACCGCUCCGGUGGCGGCCAUAAUGGGUCCUCGGGAGCAGAGGGUGCCAUCAGGGUCGACGAUCACCUUGAGGUGCGUCAUAUUGUCCCCGUAUCAGACCCGACCCAUCAGGGGCGUGCAAUGGCUCCGGGACAACAAACUACUAACAUUCCAGGCAGCACGAGGCGGAAUAAACGUGGAAACCGAAAGAGGCGCGGCUCGUACGGUCUCCGAAUUGACAUUGGCGACGGUCACGCCGAACGACGUCGGAAAAUAUUCGUGCAGACCGACGGAGGGACGGACGGACACUGUAAUGCUGAUCGUCGAACCAGGAGAACGCACGGAAGCCAUGCAACGUGACGCCGGAUACGUCUCAUCCGGAUGUAACGUCAGGCACUGGGCCGGACUUCUACUUCCGUUCUCGUGGUUUCUAAUACUCGCGCGAAACAGCCAAACUUUCCUGCAAUAGCGGACCAACCCGACAGUAUUUCACGCUUGCCUCUUCUGCCCUGAUGCCCUCGUUCCGCUUCGGGGAAAGUACCUACAACCGUUGACCAACGACCAGUAGAUUGUAAGCUAGAAAUAUCGUAGGAAUUAUCGGUAAGAGGAUGAUCGACCACCAUGGUGUUUCCAUUUGAAUUUUAGAUCCAGAAAAAUCUUCCCAACACGAAUUUUCAUCUCCUUUUUCUGUCGAAAAUCAGAGAGAUAAAAAUUAUUAAUUCGAAUGGUGGUGAAUUUAAAUGAAUAAUUAUUCAUAUAUUCUUUUUCCAGAGAAAAAGAUAUUAUGAAAAUGUAUAGUAUAAUUU